UGCGGUUCUACUUUCAUGCCGGAAGAUUUUACCAGCCCAAAAUUUAAGUUCUGGUUGUUUAGUUUCACGAUAUCAUGAGUAAUACAACACUACGAGUAUUGGUAGCUGGUGAUGUGCAGGGAAAGUUUGGAACACUUUAUAAGAGAGUCGACUCAAUCCAGAAGAAAACUGGAGCAUUUGAUUUGUUACUGUGUGUUGGAGAUUUCUUUGGCGAUGAUGACAGUGAAUGGGCUCAUUACGUUAUGGGCUCUAAGAAAGUGCCUAUACCUACAUUUAUCCUGGGGCCAAAUAAGGAGUCUCAUAAAAGAUUCUUCACUGAGGAUGAUGGUGGGGAAUUGUGUGAGAAUGUAACUUUACUAGGUAGUCAAGGGGUCUACACAGGGAGCUCAGGGCUGAAAAUUGCUUACAUCAGUGGUAUGGAGGGUGAAGCUGCUGACCCAACACACUUUGAUUCAUCUACAGGGGAAUCUCUGAGAGGCCCCCUGGUAGAUGCAAAAUUCAGAGGAGUUGAUAUUUUAUUGUCGUCACAAUGGCCUGCCGAUGUUGAGAAAUAUGCAACAAGCCCAGAAGGUGUGGAAAGUACAAAAACUGGCUCAAGGAUUAUAUCCCAACUGGCUCUAUCUCUGAGGCCUAGAUACCACUUUGCCGCACUGGAAGGCUCAUUCUAUGAAAGGCAACCUUACAGAAACCACAGGGUACUGGCUGAGAGAGAAAAGCAUGUCUCCAGGUUCAUUGGCCUGGCCUCAGUUGGAAACCCACAGAAGAAAAAGUGGCUAUAUGCAUUCAAUAUCACCCCAAUGUCGCAGAUGGAUACUGCCAAACUAACUGAGCAACCUCAAGAUGUUACUGAGUGCCCAUUUAAGUUGGAUUCAUCACUCAUCAAAUCUGACAAAACUAGGAAAGAAGAGGAUGGGUCUCAAUUUUUUUAUGACAUGAAGGCAGGCGAAAACAUGGAUAAAGGAAAAAAGCGUCAAAACUUUUCUAAAGAUGGAGGACCAGACCAGAAAGCUCCAAGAAAACAACCGCAACCUAUGGGGCCAUGUUGGUUUUGUCUCUCAAGUCCAGAGGUUGAGAAGCACCUUGUGGUCAGUGUAGGAACCAUGACAUAUCUCGCAUUAGCAAAAGGUGGCCUAGUACCUGACCAUGUAUUGAUCUUACCUAUAGGACACUACCAGUCAACAGUGACUCUGCCUGAUGAUGCAAUUGAAGAAAUUGACAAAUAUAAAGCUGCAUUGAAAAAGUAUUUUAAAAGUCAGGGAAAAGGUGUUGUGUUCUUUGAGAGGAAUUUUAAGACUUCGCACUUACAGAUCCAGGUAAUUCCAAUAGAUGGUAGCACUGCAAGAGAUGUCCCUGAAGUCUUUUCAGAACUGGCUGAGGGGCAGAACAUUGAACUUGCUGAGAUUCCCAAGCAUUCAGAUCUGAAACAAAUUGUCCCAGCUGGUGCACCUUACUUUUAUGCAGAGCUGCCCUCUGGUGAAAAAUUGCUACAUAGGAUUAAGAAGUUCUUUCCACUUCAGUUUGGAAGAGAAGCUUUGGCAGAUGAAAAGAUUCUCAACAUGGAAGACAGGGUCAACUGGAAGAACUGCAAGUCUACAAAGGAAGAGGAAACACAAUGGGCUGCAAAGUUCAGAGACACUUUUCAAUCUUAUGACUUUAAUUUGUGAUUAAGGUUUAGUUUGAAAAGUGGUGUAUGUCACAUUGAUCAUGUGCUUAUGUCACAAUGAGCAUGUCACAAUGAGCAUGUGCUUAUGUCACAGCCAUCAAGUCCUUAUGUCACAAUGAUCGUUCAUCAUUGUGUCACAAUGGUCAUGUACUUCUGUCACAGUCAUCAUAUGCUUU